AUGAUCCAAAGUUCACUUGGCCCAGACUAUUCAAAACAGUAUGCCGACUUUAUUGAAGCAUUUGAAAAGCUUUUCCAAAUCAAAUAUGACGAAUCUAUUGAAGAUAUGUGCAAUAUGAUUACAAACGUUUUGAUUACGAAGUAUCAACUUUCAAUCAAGCGACUUACAAAGAUUAUCCUCCUGGCAUUUCAAUACAAUUAUUCUUCUAGAGAGAAUUACAUCAGAAUACUCAGACAUAUAGGUGCUAGCUUUUAUAAAAUUUCGGUUAAACAAUUCCCAAUGGAGGAUUCAAUUGAAUUUAUAGUUAUGCAUGACCAAAUUGAUAAGUUCAAGGAAUAUAUUACUCAUAAAAGAAUAGAGCAGGAACCAUAUUUUCUUGAAAUUCCUGAUUUGUCAAGACAAUUUGAUUACAAUCCAAUAAAGUUAUCAUUGAUUGAAGUAUGCGCCUAUUUUGGAUCCGUUAACAUUUUCCAUUUCUUACUUUCAAAUCUAAUAUGCCAAAAAACACAGAAUUGUCUUUGCUACUCAAUAAUUGGCCGAAAUACAGAUAUUAUCAACGAAUGUUUAAAAGAUAAUGAAAUAAAUAAUGAUUGCCUCAAAUAUAUUGUAAGUUCACAUAAUAAUGAAAUGCUUGAAUAUGUCGUUGAAUUUAAAUAUUUCGUAUUUGAAGAAUGGAUUCAAAGCAUCAAAGUAUCUGAUGGUUUUAAAUAUAUUAUCAAAUAUCAAAACCUAAAGGCCGUAUUUUUGCUUUUCGAGAAGGAUAAAAAUUCUAUUGUUCCAUGGUGUUCUGCAUUUCCACAAACAAUAGAUAUUCUCAGAAACAAUGAAUUUCCUGAUAAAACUGAUUAUCGUUAUAGGAAUAUUAUACAUUUUGCGUGUAAAUCGCAAAAUUCUGAUGUAUGCAGGGUAUUACUUGCCUCAUGUAAUAAAUUUAGAGUCAAUUGUAUGGAUAAUAAGAAUAUGACUCCACUCCAUUACGCUACAAAAUUGAAUAAUAAAGUUAUUGGUGAAUUUCUUCUUUCAUAUGGCGCAGAUAUCAAUGAAAAAGGCUAUUAUGGAAAAACUGUUCUUCAUUAUGCAGCAGAAAAUAAUAAUAAAGAAAUUGCAGAUUUUUUUAUUUUAUAUGGUGCAAAUAUCAAUGAAAAAGAUAAAGACGGGAAAACCGCUCUCUAUAUUGCAGCAGAAUGUCAAAGUAAAGAAAUGGUAGAACAUCUUAUUGCACAUGGUGCAAAUAUUAAUGAAAAAGAUAAUUAUGGAAAAACUGCGCUCCAUAUUGCAUCAAAUUAUAAUUAUAAAGAAAUAUUAAAACUUCUUCUUUCACAUGGUGCAAAUAUCAAUGAAAAAGAUGAUCAUGGAAAAACACCUCUUCAUGUUGCAGCACAAUGUAAUAAAAAAGAAUCAGCAGAAAUUCUUCUUUCACAUGGUGCAAAUAUCAAUGAAAAAGAUAAAGAUGGAAAAACUGCGCUCCAUAUCGCAGCAGAUUAUAAUUAUAAAGAAAUAUUAAAACUUCUUCUUUCACAUGGUGCAAAUAUCAAUGAAAAAGAUAAAGAUGGAAGCGCUGCGCUCCAUAUUGCAGCACGAUAUAAUAAAAUCGAAUUAGCAGAACUUCUUCUUUCACAUGGUGCAAAUAUCAAUGAAAAAGAUAAAGAUGGAAAAACUGCGCUCCAUAUCGCAGCAGAUUAUAAUUAUAAAGAAAUAUUAAAACUUCUUCUUUCACAUGGUGCAAAUAUCAAUGAAAAAGAUAAAGAUGGAAGCGCUGCGCUCCAUAUUGCAGCACAAUAUAAUAAAAUCGAAUUAGCAGAACUUCUACUUUCACAUGGUGCAAAUAUCAAUGAAAAAGAUAAAGAUGGAAAAACUGCGCUCCAUAUUGCAGUAUUGUAUUAUAGAAUUGAAACAGCAAAACUUCUUCUUUCACAUGGUGCAAAUAUUAAUGAAAAAGAUAAAGAUGGAAGAACUGCACUCCAUAUUGCAGUAAAUUAUAAUUAUAAAGAAAUAUUAGAACUUCUUCUUUUACAUGGUGCAAAUAUCAAUGAAAAAGAUAAAGAUGGAAGCACUGCGCUCCAUAUUGCAGUAUUGUAUUAUAGAAUUGAAACAGCAAAACUUCUACUUUCAAUUGGUGUAAAUAUCAAUGAAAAAGAUAAAGAUGGAAAAACACCUUUCCAUAUUGCAGCACAAUAUAAUAAAAAAGAAUUAGCAGAACUUCUUCUUUCACAUGGUGCAAAUAUCAAUGAAAAAGAUAAAGAUGGAAAAACACCUCUCCAUAUUCUGGCAUUUCAUAAUAAUAAAGAAAUAGCAGAACAUCUUAUUGCACAUGGUGCAAAUAUUAAUGAAAAAGAUAAUUAUGGAAAUACCGCUCUCCAUAUUGCAGCAUUUUAUAAUAAUAAUAAAAAAGUAGAAGUUCUUCUUUCAUAUAGUUCAACUAUAAACUAG